AUGCUGGCAAUGUCGGGGUCCCAGAGGGUAACAAGACUGCUACGACAGCCACGGACCCACGCCUCCUACUUGGAGGAGUCCGACGAGUCCUCCCCCGUGCGCCCGGCGCGCCGGCUGGUGAGGGUAUCUCUAUCGCGCCUCGACGGAGAAGACGAUGACGAAAACACUGCAAAUGACGAUGAACCUACUCACGAAGACAUUCUGCCCACUCCCAACGUAUCUAAGCUGAUAUCGGAGGAUUCGCACCCAUUUUUGGAGCCUUCCCAUGGAGAUGAGGCAACUCUACCUACACAACCAUUGGUGGCGUCAGUAUCAGCGUCGCCUCAGAUACACCUUAUGACUGCAGACACUCAGCCGAUUGGGGCAAACAAAAGCCAGGGACCGGCCACUCAGGUAUUUGCCACUCCCGAUACUGACGAUACCCAAAGACUUCUCGAUGAGGCACAAAGAGUAUUGGAUACCACUCAACCCACGCCUUCUCGCUUGAAUGGGUCAUUCCACGGCGACAGACUAAGUGUACACGACCAAGACACUCAACUAAUACCCAAGUCAGCGGUAAGGAUCCCGAUUGUCACUGAUUCUCCCAUUGUUGAGGGUAGCACCCAGCCUGAGUCUCAGACAUCCCUUCCUCCAAUUGCUAAUAGAUACAUUGCCGAUACCCAACCCAUCAACCACAGUCCCGACACUUUGGCAAUUAAUAACAGUCCCGAGACUCAGCCGAUAAAUGGCAUUGCCGACACUCAGCCAAUUACACCAUCCACAAACAAUCUCGACACUCUGCCGAUUGCCAUCACGAACAAUAUCACCGAUACUCAGCCGAUUGGAUCCACAAACGAUAGCCCCGACACACAGGCGAUCCAACCACCAAACUACAUUGCUGACACUCAGCCGAUUGGGUCUGCCAGCCCCACAUCAAACAGACCCACCAUCGGCAUUGCUGAUACUCAACCAAUUAAACCCAUCGAUGACGUUACUGACACUCAACCGAUUACGCCAGCGAGAAACCAUAUUGCUGAUGUAUCCCAACCUGAAGUGUCAACUCAAGACCCAGACACCUUACAGGAUCUGCUACCCUACUCACCGCCCCUGCCCAGUGCUGGAGCCACGUAUCGCUCUACUGGGGAACCAGCCACUGACCCUGAUCCCGUGCUGCCCUCGAGAGAGCCUCGCACCGACCCUGAUUUUGUGCUGCCUUUAGGAGUUGUUGCAACCACUCAGGACCUGUCGCAAGGGAUGAUCUUGACUCUGAGAAAUAUCCCCAUUAUUCACGAGGACUCUGACGAAGAACAACCUAGCCGCAAACGUCUCCGCAGCUAUAUCGAAGUCGCCAAUACCCAGCUGCCACCAGCUCAUAUGACCUCUGACCGACCAGUGUACACUCAAGUGGUAGCUUCUGACGAUGAAGAGGAGGAUGAGGAGGAGCUGGUGCCGGUACCUACAGCAGCAACCAUUGAAGAUCUGAUUGAGACCCAUCAGAGGCGUACUAGUCCUGCUAAACAAAAGAUCAGUUUGGGCCCUACACCCGACUUACGCCGUCUGACUCAAAACAGUCAAUUCCAGAAGAUAUACGCGCUGCCGGAAAUGCCGACACCAAUGGAACUGCUGCCGUUAGUGCAACCCCUGCUUGGACCAAAUAGCGACCUCCCCAGUUCGCCUACUCGACGCGGUGGACCCCAGGCUAAUGAGAACGCAGUGUGGGCUACAUGGAACAUUAAGCUAUACCCAGGAUUGAUCAAGGAAAGAGGUCGUCAUCUGCUGGAUGUCCAGUUUGCCGAUGGCGUGUAUCUGAUCAAGAACGAAGAUAUAUACCCGUUGCAUCUCACUGUGGGUGAUAAGAUCCACACUCGCUCGGGAGUUACGCCGUUUAUUGUCACCCAACUCUCGUACGAUACUGAUAACGAUGAUAUUGUCACUAUUGAAGGAUUCAACUCAGUGUGCAUUGAGCGGAAUAACGGUAAAACACGAAGCAAUCUGCAACAGCCAAGAGUGGUGCCGCUUUCUCAGUGCUGGCUCGAUUUGGGAGAGUGGUUGGUACAACAUCAGGCCCACUCGUUUGCGGCGUCGAUGAUGCUGACCAACGUCACUGUAUCCCCUAUUAAAGCACUGCUACGCAAGAAUAACCAGAACGUCCCUCCUUUAAUGAAACCAAAGACUUCGCAAGGGUUGUUUGCCGGUACUGUAUUCUGUUUUACGUUUCUUGAUGAUGAUAUUCGCGAGCCGCUUGUGGAGCAAGUGGAAUCUAACGGUGGCUGGUACGUACCUCAAGACCUCCACGAUUUCUUAGAGUAUCACAAGGGUAAGUUUCAUGUCCCGGAUAAGUGUGGAACGUUGAAACUUGCGGCAGUCGUCGCCCGAAGCUAUUGUCGCAGUGCCAAAUACCUUGAGGCUGUGGCGCUUGGCUGGCCCGUGGUCAGUGACCAAUACAUCAGCGACUGCGUUGCAGAGAAGGCUGUGAUAGAUGACUGGCCAGCAUACCUUUUACCAGCGGGGGAGCUGAGUGCUUUGCAUAAGCUGGUGAAGCUGUUGGACGUUUACCGCUUCCGUCUUGCCUACGACGCUCAUCAAACGUUAAAUGAGAACGCUGCAUUUAAUCAGACAAUCAUGAAAGGGUACACAGUGGUGCUUAUCGCCCACAAGGUGCGGAACCCUGAGUUGCCGCUGUUCAUGCUUCGAGCUUUCGGAGCAAUAGUAGAGUUCUGUACCGACUUGCGCAAAGUGACAACAUACGACCCCACCCACUUGUUGGUGUAUGGGGAGCACGACAAUCAGUCGACCCGGCGAAGCAAGUCCAAGAAUCCGAUGAUUACGGUGGGGGUAAUUGACUGGGAGUGGGUGGUACAGACGGCCAUCUCUGCACGCAUGGGCCCAUGGACGGAAAUUUCCGUAUAA